AUGUACACCAUCGUCCUAGUCAUACUAUUCUUCGUAGUCUUCAUCCUUUACACGCGAUACAAGGAUAAGGCACCAUCCGGAACAAAAACCGCGCCUGGACCUGCGGGUCUUCCAAUCCUUGGAAACGCACAUCAAUUGGGCCAACAACCACAUCAGCAAAUUACCGCUUGGGCCCGCGAGUAUGGCGAAGUCUAUAAGAUCCGUUUGGGAUGGAACGACUGGUAUAUGAUAUGCUCGCCGGAUGCAUGUAAAGAGAUUCUAGACAAGCAGUCAGCUCAUACAAGCUCUCGAGCACCAUUACCGGUAUCCGGGGAUGCACUAGGCGGCGGAAUGAGGUUCCUGUUCAUGGAGUACGGUCCAGAAUGGAGGAAGCUAAGAGGUAUCAGUCAUAAGUUGUUAACACCAGCUGUAAGCGCGACGUUUAAACCAAGUCAGGAGUUUGAGGCGAAGAUGUUACUUGAAGAAAUAUUGAAGGGCGCGGACCCAGGGAAAGGAAAUGAAGACUGCGAUGAAGUUCACGGCAUCUACGAUAUCAUGAACGAUUUCUCUACAAUGGCAAAACCAGGUACCUACUUGGCAGACACGCUUCCGUUCCUCGGUAAUCUUCCACCACGACUACAAUGGUGGCGUAAAGGAGUCAGACCAUAUUUUGAUAAGCAAGCGAAUCUAUGGAUGUCCUUUUGGAGUACUCUUAAAACUCAGAUGGAGACCAAACAAGCCCCAGAAUGUUUCGUAAAGCAGUUCAUCGAGAGCGACUAUGAAAAGCAGGGUAUCAGUGAGUUACAGGCAGCAUUCUUGGCUGGCAGCAUGAUCGAAGCUGGAAGCGAGACGACGUCGGCGGCGCUCAAUACGGCCAUCCUAUACCUCAGCGCAAACCCACUUGCACGACAAAGAGCAGUCGAGGAAAUAAGAGGGAUUACCUCGUCCUCUCGAUCCCCAACGUUCGAGGAUGAGUCAAGACUUCCGUACAUCCGCGCCAUCGUCAAGGAAACCCUACGUCUACGCCCCGUCACAAACAUUGGUACGCCACACUAUACUACCGCGCCCAUAACCUACAAAGGCAUUCACAUACCUGCCAAAUCAGUCGUGUGUCUCCAACAAUACCCGAUUCACUACAAUCCAGAUCAUUUUGCGGAUCCCCAACUUUUUAAUCCAGAAAGAUACAUCAAUUACUCCCAUGGCAGUGGACACUACGCAGCUGGCCCAGCUGCGAGUCGCGAUCACUGGGCUUUUGGUGCGGGCCGCAGAAUUUGCUCGGGUGUGCAUCUAGCUGAGAACAGUGCUUGUGUUGCCUGCUCAAUCGCACUUCUCUCCCUGUCAACUUCGUUCCCCUUGUUCGGCCGCGACUACUGCAAUAAACCAAUGACACUUUCGCCCAACGCUCUACUCAUGUCGUCGCCCCAGAAUCACAGCUUGCUGAAUCACCCGAGCUCGCCGGUUUCUGCAAGACCGCUGACACCAACCGCACAAAAAUCAACCUCACUAGACGAACGUCUGCUAUCCAAAGGCAACAUCAGUAUGGCGUCACCUUUACAGCCCAUUGACCCGCAGCGCCUUUCUUUCUCGCCAGCCGACUGUCGCACCCUCCAGAAGAUGCUGCACGACGUGCGCAGCCCUUCACCUCUUUCUCCAACACCGUACUUUAGCGACGGGCCAGUAAGUCAGUCAAUUCUGACUGAAGCUCCCAACAGUAAAAACUGCGAGGACAAGAUGAGCUGUGAGGGUCACCAAUCAGCUCACAGUGACGAGCGAAAAGACGGCUACGAAGACGAAGACGACAGUAUGGAGCUGAGCGAUGGCGAAGAUGCUUUUGGAACAGAUGAGAAAGAUAGCGAUACGAUCGAGGACAUCAUGAACAUGCCCGGCAAGAUGGCAUCGUCUGUGCCGGUUUGCGACUACAGCAGAUUCUAUCCUCACAAUCAGCAAGCCUCCGACAGGGCCAGAGAACUGGAGCGCCGUCGCGCUUCAAUCGAGAAAGAUUUGAAGGAGCAAUGUCGGCGACAGAAGCGAGUGCAGAAAGCAGCCGCCGCAGACGGGGAUUACAACUUUGAUAUGCCGAUCGAUGGCGUAUCAGACCACAGGCUAGCUAUCGUGGAGACCUUUGACCUCAAAGCUCUCUACAAAGAUGAAGAGAUGCAUCUGGUGGAAGGACAACAGAUGGCCACUAAUUUGUAUGAUUCCUCCGAAGCUUCCAGAGACUGUCAUCAAAUGGUCGUUUCACCCAAGAAUGUUCGCAAAGCCUUAGAAGGCACUCCACCAGCAUCGGAUUUCUCCAUCAACUUCCCUUCCCCUACUUGCGUUGUCGUACGGACCCCCAACGGCAAGCACAUCGACUUCGCAACCUCCGACUUCAUCCCAGAUUCGCCCGUAGGUCCCACACUUAGAUGCGUCAAAGCACAAGAAAGCGACGAACUCUCAACAUCGGAACAUAAAGGUCACGCAUCUUCCCAAGGAAAACUCACUGAGCUUGCGCGAGAGGCCAGAGAGGAAGAAGAAGAGGCAGCGGAGCAGAGAGCUUUGGCUGAGCUAGAUAAAUUCAGAGACAUGGACCUUGCGCCUAUAGAGACGGUCAUGGACGGCGGACCAGCAGGAGACUUGAUCACGUACGGGACGCCUGUGAAGGCAAAAGAUGAAGAACUAUUUUUACGUAGGGCACCUGAUGGAUCUGGCUCCGAGCUUGAGGGUUGGAAUCACAUAAAACGCUGGCAAUCUUCGAUUUCUCCACCUCGCCAAAAUCCUUUUUUGAUCGAGCAGGAUCAAGAGAACGGCGCGGAUGUCGAAGACUCGGAUACCACGUCCAUUUCGAAGCAGCAAUACCUCUCUGUUGUCCCCAGACGACCUACUUUUAUCACAGUCAUCGGUAUGCUUCCAGCGGCAAUGUUAUGGGCCACUAUUGCACAAGUCGUCGACGGCAGCAGUAAAGUGUUCGACGUGCUCAUUGAGAGAUUGACAGGUUUAAAAGUGUAG